AUGGAUGCAACGGAAGAAGAGGUUGCUAGACAAUUGUGGAAGGAACAAUUUGCGCAGGGUGAGAGGAUUAGGAGAGAGAAGAGGGUAGGGGAGAUGGAUACAGAAGGGAGAGGGAGAGGGAGUGUGGGUAGGGGGAUUAGUGGAUUGAAUCUGGAUGGGCUGGAUGAAAAGGAGAGGGAUGGCGGUGUGAGGGUAGGAGGAGAAAGCGGUGGGGCUGGUUAUGCAGGAUAUGUAAAUGCUGGGUUGGGCAAUGGGAGUGGAAGUGGAAGUGGAAAUGGCCAGUUUGGGGGAAGAGAAUCAGGACUUGAGGAGAAUGAAGUGGUUUUGGAGGGGCCGCUGUUGGCGUUGAGAGAAGCUCUACUUGAAGGACGGUUCUCCGACUUGACAAUCUUCCAUGGUGUACGAGUUUGGAAUGCGCAUAAAGUAGUCGUGUGUUCUCAAUCGCCGGUUUUGGAGAGUAUGAUUGAUAAUACUGGAGUUUGUAAUAUGUUCGGCGCCCCCACCAAACCCAGCAUCCUCAACCUCUCCUCCUUCCCCCUUGACUCCAUCAUCGCACUCCUUGAGUAUCUCUACACAUCCGCCUACUCGAUCCCCUCUCCCCCACCCAACACCUCCCCCUCAUCCUCAACCUACCUCUCCGGCCCCACCUACUCUAUCCCUCUCCACGAACAGAUCUUUUACCUCGCUUCACACCUGCAAAUCCCCGCAUUAGAAACCCUCGCCGCGGUAUCCUUUCGUCACACCCUGCAUACGCAAAUCUCAGAUCUCGACAUCUAUUUCGAUUGCAUCAAGCGGAUAUAUGGGAAAACGACGACGGAGAAUCCGGGAUUGAGAAAUGCGUUGGUGGAGGCUGCAGUGCAGGAAUUAGAGGGAAUGCUAGGGAACGGAGAGGUGAAGGGGAAGCUUUGGAGGGUGAUGAGUGAGAAUGAGGAGUUUUGGGAAGAGGUGCUUAGGGCAUUGGGGAGGAGGACGGAGGUUAGAGUUAAGGAGGUGAUUAGAGAGGUGAGGGUUCCGGUGGAGGUGGAGGUGGAGAAAAUUGUGGAGAGGGUUGUUGAGCGGGAAGUUGCGGGAGAAGCGAAGGAAGAUGGAGAGGGAGAGGAAGAGGGCGAGUCAGAGAAAGAGUGGACUCUAUGUCCGGAUUGUGGACCUAGAGAGGAAGGAGAAGAAUAUGAAUUUAGAUGCACUUGUAGGGUAUGUGGGGUUGAGAGGAUACUUAGCUUUUCUUAG